AACAAAAUGACCACCCCCUCUUGUUUUUUUGACUCCUGUCCUUCCUCUAUACAUCCAUCUUUAUACCAAGAAAAGCUGUUGUUGAUGCUGCUGCUGGCGGUGGUGUUGGUGGUGGUGGCAGAAACGGCGGUUAUAGGACCUUGAUGGUCGUAACACCACCAUCAUGGAAGGCGGGGCCACACCAACACCACCACGGAAGGUGAUGGUGGUAGCAGAUCCUACCCGCGAAUCAGCUGCUGCUCUCCAAUACGCGCUCUCCCAUGGGGUGGUGGAGCAUGACACAUUGAUUCUCCUCCACGUCGAGAACCCAAAUGCUUGGAAAAACCCUUUUUCGUUUUUUAAAUGGCCGACGCCUUCCACCUCUACCACUGCCUCUGCAUUUUUCUCAUCCUCCUCCUUCACCGAAGGCGGCAACAGCAGUGGCAGUUGUGGAGGAGACAUGGAUUUUCUCGAAGCAAUGAAGCAUGCUAGCGAGAUUUCGCAACCCAAGGUGCACGUGCAGGUGGAGAAGGUGGAGAUGGAGGGCAAAGAAAAGGCUGCUGUGAUCCUUCACUAUAGCACCUUGCAUUCGGUUGAUAUCAUUGUUAUAGGCCAAAAAAGGACUCUAUCAAACGCAAUAUUAGGGCAGAGGAAGAAUGGAUCUUUGAGGGGACUAGAUACAGCAGAGUACUUGAUAGAGAACAGCAAGUGCACCUGUGUUGCAGUGCAGAAAAAGGGCCAAAAUGCAGGAUUUCUUCUCAAUACAAAGACCCACAAAAACUUUUGGCUUCUAGCAUAAAAGCAUGUGAAUGAAUUCCACUCUCCAUUCUCAAAAAUAAAAAUAAAAAUUCCCCUCCUUGUAUCGCACACGCACACAUAUCAGAGUUACCUCUCUUGCAUCCCUUGUAAUUACUUCAUCGGUUCAUGAUAAUUUUUGUUGACAGACGUAGAUCAGUUCAACCUG